UGUUUCCUGUCUGGAGUGGAGCUCCACUCUUGUAUGUCACCGCAGCACACGUGACUGUUGACAGCACUGCCGCCUCAUUAUCCUGUCUGUGAGACCUUUAGUUUUUGACCCCAUAAUGUAUUAGUUAGACUGGCUCACGUAGUGACUUCUGGGCACUUGGAGUGUUGUGGAGGGCUCAGUAAUUUGGAUUAUUCUAAGAUUGACCUCUCCGUCAUGGCGGACUUGUCGCAAUAUGUGGACCUGACGGAACUCAACUUCCUGAUAGCUGCGGCCUGUAUAAUAUUCAACCCGCUGUUCUGGAAUUUGGUUGCACGAUGGGAGUACCACACGCGAGCGCUCUCCAGGGUUUUUGGAUCCCCGUACACUGCAUGCUACAUCUUGGGGGCAGUACUUAUACUUCUUGCCAUCUUCAGAAGCCACUGCUUCACAGAAGCGAUCUCCAGCCAGCCCCACUCGUGGUUCCUGAAGAGGCCAGAAUUCUAUUAUGUUGGAGUGGCGCUGGUGGCGUCUGGCGGCAUCCUUGUUAUCUCCAGCUUCCUGGCGCUGGGGUUUGUUGGAACCUAUCUCGGUGAUUACUUUGGAAUAUUAAUGGAUAAGAAGGUGACCGGAUUCCCAUUCAAUAUAAUUGAGAAUCCAAUGUACUGGGGCAGCACCGCCAACUACCUAGGCAUGGCCUUCCUGAACUCCAGCCCGGCCGGUCUCCUCCUCUCGGCUCUGGUCGCCCUGUGCUACAAAGUCGCCAUCUUGUUUGAAGGGACGUUUACUGAGAAGAUUUACAGAAACAAAGCGAAAGCCAAGAAGAGUCGCUAGUCACCUCCAUAUCUCAGCAUACGAGCGGUGAUGGGGGGGGGGGGAAGGGUUAUUGGUUUAUUUAUCAGACGGUUCAGUAUCCUCAGGCACAGACGCCGCUUAUGGGCUUCAUCCAGUAUUACAAGGCUCAGUGAGGCCCCUCCUACCUCAGUGAGGCCCCUCCUACCUCAGUGAGGCCCCUCCUACCUCAGUGAUGCCCCUCCUACCUCACACCUCAGCACUGCAUUCUCAUACAACGUGCCCGCAGUUUACAUCACAUUCUACUUAGACCUCUUCAGGGACCAUUGACAGGAUGUUGUGUCUUAUUUUAUGUGUUUUACAGAAUUUUAAGUCACAGAAAUAAAGGUUUCAAAA